ACCAAUGUCACUGAAAGUCCCGUUGUGAGCAUCACGUAGCAGGCGUUCCGUCGGGAGAGAAGAACGCCCUCGAACGGGGUUGUACCGUGGCUGGUUGCCCUUCUAUCGGACCACCUCUUCCUCAACCCUCCUCGGUUUGCACUAUUCUUCAAAUGCAUGUAGUGAGCCAGCAUCAACUCCUGGCCCUACGUUGAAAAUGUAGGCCAACAAAACCAGCGCAUCCAUCACUUUCCCCAGGAGAUGCUCCUUACAUCGGCCUUACGUUAAUGCUCAGUCCCAGUGCUCCCAGCAGGAGGAUCUGGAAUGGUUCCGGAGAAUGGAAGGAGACGACGUGUCGGUCAGGGAGCAACUUUUUCAUAACCGCGUCCGGGAGACCAUCAUCUGUGUGCUCCUGUUCAUUGGCCUCUACAUCGUGUCCUACCUGAUCCUGACACACUUCAAGAAGAAUGCCGAGUUUGUCACGGACGACAUUGAAGAUGCCACCGUCAACAAAAUUGCGCUGUGGCUGUGCACCUUCACGCUCUCGGUGGCCGUGUGCGCCGUGCUGCUGCUGCCCAUCUCCAUCCUGUCCAACGAGGUGCUGAUCACCUUCCCUCAGAGCUACUACAUGCGCUGGCUCAACGGCUCGCUCAUCCACGGCUUGUGGAACCUGGUCUUCCUCUUCUCCAACAUGUCCCUCGUCUUUCUGAUGCCCUUUGCUUACUUCUUCACCGAGUCCGAGGGGUUUGCAGGGUCCAAGAAGGGUGUCAUGGCGAGGGUCUAUGAGGCGGUGGUGCUGCUGUUGCUGCUGGCGCUGCUCGUGGUGGGGAUGGUGUGGGUGGCAUCCGCCCUGCUCCACCACAACAUGGCCCGGGAGAGCCUCUACGACCUGUGGGAGUAUUAUCUGCCCUACUUCUACUCUGGGAUCUCUCUCUUCGGAGUGAUGCUGCUCUUACUGUGCACCCCCUUUGGCUUGGCCAGGAUGUUCAGUGUGACCGGAAGCUUCUUGGUCAAACCCAGGCUGCUGGAGAACAUCGAGGACACUCUGAGCUGCACCGUCUUUGAGGAGGCCUCUCUCUCCAGGAAACUCAAGCGGGGCGGCAGUACCUCCUGCUGGGUCACACUGAACAUGGAGGCGCUGAAACACGAGUACCACACGGUCCAGACACAGCGCCUCGCCCUGGAGAUGCGUGGGAAAGCAUCCCCAUGGCAACGUAACCUGGGCUACCCACUAGCGAUGCUUCUGCUGCUAGCGCUAACCGUGGUCUGUAUUCUGAUGGUGAUCUUCAAUGUGCUGGAGCUGCUCUUCGAUGAGACGGCGAUGCCUCGGGGCAUGGAGGACCCUCGUCUCGGCACCGCUUCCUUCUCCAUGUUCGGCUCUCUGGGAGCCGCAGUGCAAGUGGUGCUCAUCUUCUACCUAAUGGUGUCUUCAGUGGUGGGCUUCUACAGCUCUCCCCUCUUCACCAGCCUCCUACCGCGUGCCCAGGACACCAACCUCACACAGAUUAUCGGGAACUGUGUUUCUCUGCUCAUUCUCAGCUCUGCACUGCCGGUCUUUUCACGCACACUUGGGAUCACCCGGUUCGAUCUCCUCGGGGACUUCGGCCGCUACAACUGGCUGGGGAACUUCUACGUGGUGUUCCUGUACAACAUGAUGUUCGCUGGCCUGACCUCGGCCUCCCUCAUCAAGACGGUCACAUGGGCGGUGCAACGAGAGCUCAUCCGUGCCUUUGGUCUGCACAGGCUGCCCCUCACGGUGUCCCGCUCCACCGUCCCCUUCAGACUGCUCCUGGCCAGCGGCCUGUCUAAGAUCCAGUGAGUCUAGGCUCCCCACCACGUCGUCAACUGGGACCCGCACUGGACCACUGGCGCUGGACGGGACUUGAGUUCAGUCUGCCAUGGGAUUGGUCCUCGGGUCCCCCCCUCCGUCAGGUUGCAGUCUUAGCCCUCUCUGUUCUAGGCAGCUGGAGGGGUUUUCGGGGCUUGCAGAAUGACCAAUGGGAGUUCUGCCCAGAGACCCUUUUCUUCAAAGGUGGAAUCAACGUUGAUGAGAUGCUAGCGUUGGCUAAUGGCUAACAGCUCGGACAUUCAUUGUCCAUGAAAUAAAAAGGGAUCAAGGCCGUUUUCCCAUUCUUGGCGUCAUUUAAACAUGACCACAGCAAGCAUUCCUACUCCCCUCCCCUCAUGGGCCUUAUAGAAACACAAUCCCUUUGGCUGGGCACGUCUAUGGACACAUGAAUGAAGCCAGCAAUGUUAUUUUGGAAUAUAUUUUGUUUUCUCUCAGAACACAUUUCCUCUUCCUGCUCUUAAGUCCUUAGGUUCCACUCUCCUCCUCAUGGCUUCCCCCUCUUAAGUGUCACCACUAUUUCAGGAGGUUGGUCUACUUUGCAGUACUGCCAUGGUGUUGUGCUAAUGAGAGGAGGAGCCUCUGCAUGGGGCCAUCUGGUGUAGCAAUGCCGUCUUCACCUUCUGCUUUCUGAGGAUUUGGGGAUCAUGUUAAAAUCGGGGGACCACGGGAAGGCACCGGACAAGGCCGCACUAAUGCGCAACGAGCAUUUACUGUGAUGAUCACUUAUUGUGAGUCUAUGCAUUAUUCUGAGUAUUUAAGUCUCUGCGAUUUCGUAUGAAACACAUGCACUAACAAAAAUGGCUUUACACUUUUGACCUGUAAGAUUUACACGUCAGUGUUUUUAUUCCUUUCCUGCAUGGGUUUCAUAAUGCAGAGGGACUCUGGACCUUUAGACCAAUCAAACUGUGAAACUUAAACGUGGAAAAAAAACUAAGUGCAAUAUUUUAUACUAGGGAGUUUAUACACUUUAGCUUAAGAUAUUGUUUAGUUCUUAUCUUCUAAUGGGAGUUACUCUUCUAGGAUUAGUUUUACAGGGACUUUCAGUGGAUGUGUAGGAUUCUUUUGUAUUUGUUUAAAGCAAAUGUGACAUGAGAUCGAUUCAAUCAUUCCAAAUCCCUUUUUUUUAUUUUUUCUGUUUCCUUUUUUUAAUUUUUUUAACGCGAUGUAUUCUUCGUGAUUCCAUGUCACUGUGUAGGCUACUAUUUGCUACUUUGCUGUAUCAGCAGGAGAUUAUCAGUGAGGUUGGUAGCCAGCAGGGGGCAGCCGCUCAUAUAUUCAAAUAAUUUUGCGCUCUCAAUACAUGAUCAUCUGGCAGUUCGCUCCCCGGCCAGUAAUUACGUGGAGCGCUGUUUUGAGCUUCCAUUCAAUAAGAUUUAUCUGGUUCUAAAUUGUGGGAACGUGUGUUCAUUUAGGGCUAUUUGUGAUGAUAAUUGUCACUUCUGCAUAUUGCGUCUUAGGCAAUCACGUUUCACAGGUGUAAAAAAAACAAUAAUGUACGGCUGAACCAUUUACAAAAUGUCUUUAGAGCUGUUUAUCGUUGUAAAAUGCUCUGAUAUUUCAGAUUUAUCUCAACUGAAUUAUCUGACACAAAGUUGUUUAUUGAGCCAAAAUGCUAAUAAAUGUUUUGUAUACAAAUUGA